AUGCGAGGACCUCCUGGACCACCAGGUUCACCGGGUCCACCGGGAGAUUCUGGACUUCCAGAAGGCGACGCUUACGUUCAACCGCCGUCUGAACCAGGCCCACCUGGACCUCCAGGCCCUCCAGGAAAAGAUGGCAUACCUGGAGGAAUAGGGAUUCCAGGGCCACAAGGAACAGAGGGACAACCCGGGCCCGAUGCGGCAUAUUGCCCUUGCCCGUCGCGAACAACUAGUUAUGUGGAUACAAGAGAUCCUGAUUCAUAUGUAAAGGAAAGCAGCACAAAGAAACCUUCCUAUGUUGCUCCCAAUGAUGGUCCACCGUCUAGAGGCGCUUAUAUUCCACCAGAUGGUGGAUCGGGGAAGUCAUAUGCGACUGGUGCUAAAGCAGAUUACAUAGCCGGAAACAGUGACAACAGACCUCCUAGAGGAACUUUUGGAACCACAGCUUCUUCAGAAAACCAUAAAGAAUCUCCGGCUACGGUGAAUUCUCGAAAACGUCCAUCUACACAACAUGUGGUGCAACCGCCGUCUAUUAAACCAAAUCGUGAAGCUGAAGUUCCUUCAUCUGAUGACGACGGCAACAACAUCACAUUCAGUAAAGCACCUAAAACCCGUCAAGCACAAGUGUCAAGAAAGCAAAACGGAAAAGUUCGAAGAAAUUCCACGAGAAAAAGACACCUGAGAAGAAGACACCACUAUUAA